AUGAACGCCGCGGUCGAAUGUGAGACCUUCGUAGACAAAGUUUUUUCAUCCAUCAAGAAAAACAUAAAAUCAUUAAAAGAUGAAGAAGCGUUACAGGGAUUAUUAGAGUCGAUUCACGAAUUUUAUGCGUCCCUUUUCUCGAAGAAUUCAGGUAGGAAUUUUUAUGCUCGACUUAUUCUAAUUGCACUCGCGUCAGAUUUUUAAUUCAAUGCUAUUAACCCACUAGGCGUUUUUAAGAGUAAAGGCAUGGACCGUGGUCUGCAGAAGGUUCCCGACCUUACCAAGACACGACAGAAACGCACGGCAAGUGCGGCGUCGACAUCGAGCAGCCAACAAGAACGAGGCAAAGGGCUUGGAAAGGGAAAACCAGGCCAUUUGCGCAAACCCAAAGUAACCAGACGACAAGAAAAUAGGCGAUCAGACCCUAAAUUCACUGCGAGAAAGCGGCCGUUGUCGUCGGAGAGCAGCACAACGCCACCACCGAAAAGAAACACCACGCAGCAGACGCCACCAACAUCAUCACAGUCUGCUCCUACGACCAGCUCAACGGACCCUCCUGCGUCUACGACUCCCUCGACUGCACCCACUCCACCUGAAUUACCACCCGAGGCGAGAGAAAAGCUCAGAGCGCAGACGUUUGAAACGCCUGUGAAGACACAAGUGAGGCUCAUACAAGAUUUCGCCAAGGCGGAAAAAGACAGCGCGCCAAAUAGUUGUGAACUCGAUACAUUCUGGCGGAUAAUGAAUGACUGGAAAACGCUGGAUCGAGAUUUGGUCGAAGCUCUGCAAAAUUGGUGGUGUACACAAACGCUGGACGACGAACAUUCGAUCGAAGAGAAAUUACUGCUGGUGACCGCAUCUCCCAACGGCGUGUCCAACUGCCUGCACCAUUUGGCUGGAAACCUGCUUUACGAACAUGCGAAAAAAGUCCAGAAACUGGAUGAGACGACUGUAUUAUUCGAGGAACUUGAAGAGAAAUUUAAGGAACUGCAUUAUGAUAAAUACGUGGAGGCACUACGGUCAUGUUUUUGCGAUGAAUGCGAAUCUGUUCUGGAUUUUGACGACGCAUAUGCGAGGUAUUAUUAUUGCAUGUUUUUUUGUACUGUACUGUAUAAUCAAUUGUAUGAUUUGUGGAAACAGCAUGACGAUAUGAGUGCAUGGUGUUUCCAAGAAUCCAAACUUAUAUGUGCGUGCGUGAAUCAAAUGGCAACAAUUUUUUUUUAUUUUGUCAUUUCAAAGAAUCUUCAAACAAUUUGACUGAAGCCAAUGAGCUGUCCGCCAUGUUUCUUCACAAGUACGUGGGGUGGGGUCACGCAUGACUUUUACCAGUGAUCAAUAUAUGAACCCUCAACUCGUUUUGGGGUUGCUAUUUCAAACUUAGAAUUGAAUAAAAACUAAUUUUAAUUGAUUGUUACUUCAGUCAAAACAUUUCAAGGCUAAAGCUUAAAUUAAUAGAAAAAAGAUUCAGUCACAAGAUUAUACAGAAAUCUUUGAAACUCCUUUCUAUAAAAAAUUUUGUCGCCAUCUGUUGCGUGGCAACUUGAAAAGUGCAUAAACUACAAUCGAGAUCUCAUUAUUUUUCAUGCCUGGCGUUCAUACUGGCAAUCGAACGUCGAGUAAAAAUGUUCCCAAAUGCAUGCACUUUACGAGAUUUUUCCCAUGAAUUGUUUCAAAAAUAAAAAGAGAUUAUUAUAGCUCUCACUCGAACAAUAUAUGUCGUUUAUCGCACAGUUCAGCGCGAUUAAUUCAAGCACAUACUUAUUUACAAUGUAUUUCAGUGUAUUAUAUACGUCACGUGUACAUUUGUGUGCGCACUUGCACGUCGUUUUCGACGAGAAACUACGGUCACGUGACAAGGCAAAAUAUUCAGAAACUAUCGGUUUCAAACUGUAUAUCUAGUUUCAGUUAUUUUCGGCUACAAAUAUAACAAAAUCAAUUUAAAUUGCACGCGAUUUUAAAGUCCACAUUCAGUACAUUUUAAGGCGAAAUCCAAUAUAUUCUCUUGAAAAAAAACUUCGUCUUUACGGUAUUUUUGUUUGCAUUGCCUUAUUUGACGCCACUUCCGGUACGUUUGACAUCCCAAAGACCACAUUAAAAAUACUAAAAAUAUUUAAUUUCGCAAUGGCCGUACGUGCACGUUAAGUUGACAACCACUGCAGACAUUCAUUCAGCCCCGUUGCAACUCGGAGUGUUUACUAUAGUAUACCAAUAAAACUGAUAAUUUCACAUGUCAAAAUUAUCGCAGAAAAAUACAUGGGUGCUUGGAAAUACUAGAUUUAUUUAUUAUUCUCUAUAUAUACAAAACUAUAUCGACAUAGGCACGCAAAAAUCUCACAGCUUGUAGCAAGUCUCCCUACCCAAGUCGUGUUCGCACUGCUUGUCAACAAAUAUGAAUCAAGCUGUUAACAACAACUUGUAACAACACUGCUGAUAUUAUCAGACUUGUUGCAAGGUUGUUCCAGCAAGCCUGAUACAGUCAUGAUAUAACAAUAUUGUUACAACAUUCUUGUUAUAUCGAGGCUGCAUCAGACCUUGCAACGAGCCUGAUAAUGCAAUCAAGCUUGUUGCAACAACAUGGGAACAAUCAGCGCCAAUGCGACUUGCCAACAACUUGUGAAAAGAUUUGUAACAACUUGUUUUCUGACCUGUAACAACCUGUGCGUUUUUACGCGUGUAUGUCGUCGAUGCCUGCGAGCAAAUCAGCAAACACAGAGCCAGCAAAAGUUCGUCCAAUGACAAUCCAUUUUCCAUACGCCGGAUGCGAUACACUGACCUGCAAACAAUAGAAGAUUGCAAUAGUUUGGCCCGUUUCACUUAGUAAUUACAUAUAAUCUAAAAGGGUUUUUACACCUGAACAACGUUCUUUGAAUUCGAGUUAAAUUUUGAUACAUACCAUGUGCAUUUUCAUACAAUAUUGACAGAGAUAACUGCGUUAAAACUGAAGCAAACAUUUUUGGAAAGCAUUAGCCUAUCACACUACUUUGAUAAACAUAAUUAUUAUAUAAAGUAUAGUGCUUUAUAGAGAUUUCGACCAGUGAUAAAAGUGAUAAUCUCACAUGUGAGAUUGAUUAUUCAUGAUAAUCUCACAUGUGAAAAUUAUCGCUUUUCUGUUCUUCUAAACAACCUCUGAAUCAAAGGAGUAGAAAGUGGGCUUGUGGUCUUCUUGUAUCUAGUUUGUCGAAAUGGCGGAGACGUAAACUCUUCAUCACACACAUGACCAUUCUUCUUUUGAUCUUCUUUACUUAUCUACAUUUCCAACAAAGCAGAAUGGCGAUGUCUGAAAUAGAAGACAUCAAAGUCUUGACUUGAUAGGAUUUUAAAACGAACUACUUCUGAUGUGUCGAACGCAUUAAAAACAGUAGAUAAUCAGCUGAAAUGUCUCAUUGUCUAUUGAUAGGUCAUUUCUAAUUAAUUCUAAGAAACGUUUUAACGCAAAUAUAUGUCUGUCAAUAUCGCAUGAAAAUAUACACACCAGUCAGUGGGAAAAAGUACAGAAAAUUACUAAAAAUCCGACUUGUUCGAGUAAAAACACCAUGGUCGUCAUGGCCAUCAAAUGAACGUCUUAUUCAAGCUUUUUCAACCAACACUUGCACGUGUACAACACUGAAAUAAUAACCAAGCAAUUUGUUUUUAAAAUAAACGUUUGUCCUUAGUAACAUCAACUUUCAUCCAAUAAACACAAAGUUUGAAAAAAAUGAACAAAUGUUUAACUGAAGUGCCUAUGCAACGAAAUUUUUACCUCAUUUUUUAUUGUUUUUUUUUUAAAAAAGUACUGCUGGAGUGAUGAAGAAUGACGUUUACAGUUUCGUCAUAUUUCAUCUCAUUCUCACGUUAUCGCACUUUCUACAUUUUGAGUUGUGACGUCACAAGUAUGAGUUGAGAUAAUGGCAAUAACAAGAAAUUAUGAUAUCUUGGUGAGCAUUUAAUAAAAUCCAAUGAAACUUAGUACACUAAGUGGGCGCAACAAAGUAAAAAAUUUGGCAUGUUUAUACGGUUGUUAUGGAAACACACUCAUCCUCAGUCCCUUCUCUUCAAAUUUCUGUAUGCCGAUCCAUUUCCAACGAAAUAAAUAGAAAUUUUGCAAUUUUCGCUCAUUACUAUAAUAAAUGCAGGUAUUGUGAUCAGUUUAAACAGUUAUAAUAUGUAAACAUCCUCUGCAGGUGAUCUACAGGAGCAAAGUUGAGAAAGUCUCUUGACUGGGGACUAGUGUGUUAACAUGACCUGCCAAAAACAUUAAUAUGGGUGCGUUCUACCGUCUUCGACGUCCUUUAGACUUCACAGGCGUGAUGCGAUCUGGGUUAAUAUCAGAAGUCGUGUUAAAAGUUGGUUUGUUUUGGUCUAGAUCAAGUUCCUGACGUAAGAUUCCAGUGAGGAGCAACUCGGCAGUGUACACUUUGUAAAUACUCACAGAGGUCAUGUGGUUGUCCCCAGUCUCUUCUCUUCCCUUUCUCUUCUCUUCCCUUUCUUUCUUUGCAGAGGACGUUUACAUAUUAUAACUGUUUAAACUGAUCACAAUACCUGCACCUAUUAUAGUAAUAAGCAAAAAUUGCAAAAAUUGCCAUUUAUUUCGUUGGAAAUGGAUCAUACCGAAAUUUGAAGAGAAGGGACUGGGGACGAGUGUGUUUCCAUAACAACCAUAUAAACAUGCUAAGUUGUUGACUUUGUUGCACCCACUAAGUGUACCAAGUCUCAUUGAAUUUUAUUAAAUGCUCACCAAAAUAUCAUACUUUCUUGUUAUUGCCAUUAUAUCAACUGAUAAUUGUGACGUCACAACUCAAAAUAUGGAAAGUGCGAUAACUUGAGAAUGAGAUGAGAUAUGACGAAACUGUAAACGUAAUUCUUCAUGCAGUACUUUUUAGAAAAACGAUAAAAAGUGUGGUAAAAAUUUCGUUGAAUAGGCACUAUAAUUUAUGCACGCCUUUCCCGAAAGUACUCGUCUUGGCUAUAGAGCCUCGUUUUCGUGAUUGCGGUAUAGGCUUUGGAGCCCUUCAUCUUGGCACUGAUGAGCUAAUUAUAUAAAGGUCUGUUAGAUUAUCUAUUCUAACUCUAGGAUUUUGUAUAAAUGGUCCACCUGCAACAACAUUUAUCAACAUAAUAUUUAUUAUUGCAUGUGACAAUGACCUGAUUUUACCAAAUAAGGUCUGAGAGCGGAUUAAAUUCGAUGCGCAUUUUUCAACACAAAUUUUUAACAAAUCCCGCCGUAUACUUAGUUGUCUACACAAUUAUAUAGUUUCUUUCAAAAAAUAAUGCAUUUUUUGACAAAAAAAUAGCGAUUUAAUUCAAAUGAACCAGUACGGCAUCCUAAGUAAACUAUAUAUUUCGAAAACAUUCCAGGUACCAUGAUAGUAUUGAAACCGAGAAUCGCGAGGAAUUACCCGACGAACCCGUACAAAUGAAGGACAGGCCGCGUUAUUGCGGUAGCACAGAGGUGAUUGCACAAAGCUUGAGAGUGCAAUUUUCCGGAUUUAGCGUUUCAAAUUUGCAAAGAUGGUACUAUUUUUCUGCGGCCACGCCCCGCUUCAGUCCUCCAACCGUGAGCCUCGCAUCCCCGACCGCUGUGUCUGCUACAACUUUGAAAUACUUGGAACCACUCCUCCAACAGCGAAAGCUACAUGACCCAGUCCCAAAAUCCUGGAAAAUCCCGGGGGCAAUUCCCGCCGAACACGACCUGCUACCCGUACGAAAAGAGUGUCUCCAUGUGUGCGACGGUGAUUCCUGCGAGAUUACGCUGUCACCAGACGACCACGACACCGACCUAGCGAAAUUGGCCACUCACGGCAACACCAUAAGAAUUCGUAUGCCACAUUCAGACAGCCCUGAAACAGAAAACGCAAUACGCAUAUACAAACAAAGCCAAGAUUCUCUCCAUCUUUCUACUUUUCUGACAAGGCACAUCGGAAUCGAGUGUUUGCGAGCCACGCGACAGAUGGUACAUGAAGCAGCCAACGUUUUUCUGCAAGUGAAAAGGGACUUGCGUGGAGGGCUAUCGGUUCCACGGGAUUCUUAUGGACGUAGGCUCGUGCAUGUCUUGUUACAAAACUCGAAAGGCUUAAAAGAGAACCUGGCGGAAAAACUCGCGUCUCGGGGGUUUACUCUAUCAUUUUACACCACGGGCAUAGACCUCGACAUAGACGAAGCGAUGAGAGAAGCCAUCGACGGAAAGAAAGGAAUAUUCACUCUCCCCGAUGAGGCGUUUACCUAUCCAUAUAGACCAUGGGAUGUGCGAAAACUCAAGGCGACAGGUCAAACCGGAGUUUACGAUGAAUACAGAGAAAUUCUCAACACACCAGUGGAUCCAAAUCUAGCAUGGAUUCCUACAGAAAGCUCAGCGCCGUUGGAUGGCGGUGACGAAGAUGGAGAGGUGCCAAACAGCGAAACCACUGACAACUUCUACCUAAGGAUUGUUCCUUCCAAGCUCUACUGGGAAAGUAGGUGUUCUGUCGCGCAAAGUACCAUACCAGACGCUGGCCGUGGCCUCUUUCUCCAACCACACGAGGGCGAUAUUCCUGUUGGAGAACAUCUGUGCAUCUAUGCUGAGCGAAGUGCAACGAUCGACGAAAUUACUGCGAGCGGUAGUUCACGCGUAUAUGCCAUUUAUUCCCCCAGAAAGAAGCUCUGGUUCGACGCAGAAAUUGAAACGGGAAAUAACAUUGGACGGUUUGCAAACCAGCCCGGUGUUUUGGAAGCUCUCAUACACCUCAAAGAAUUGUCAAGAAAAGGCCAUUCUCAGAUCAGCGGUGACGACUGGAGGAACUUAGAACGCAGACUGGAUGAGACAUGCAAUGCACAGUUCGAAACUGUUGGCGACCAGAUGGUGAUCAAAGUGAAACAACCGUUCGUCCAGACCUAUGACCGAGUUGAAGUGUUUGUUAAUUACGGUAGCCUGAGAGAAUAUUGGAUUCCUUUGAUCCUGGAAAAUCAAUCAAACAAUCUGCUUCCACAGCAAAUGACCGAAAUUGUUCGCUGGCUUAACGAGAGUUCUGAGUGCAGCUGGACGACCGCUCAGCGAAGAGAUUGGAUCAUGUCUGCUCGUGAAAAUCUUUCACAGUAA